AUGUCCGACACCGCUGGCAAAAAGUCCACCACAAGGUCGAAUUCUGAUGCACAAUCACGACUUGAAAGCAUCAGUAGCACUUUAGCUGAUGCGGGACACACAAAUGGUGGUGAAUUGCGAGCCAACUUUGCUUCCACAUCUGAGUCCUCUAAGGGCACGUCGCGCACCGAAGGCAAGAAAUUACAAUCCUCUCCAUUAUUGUCAUCCACACCACCCGUUGUGUCAAAGGCUCUUGUCAGAGCAUACCCAUAUUUAUUGAUAAUCAACAAGUUGCUAGCCAUUGCUACUUGGACCAAUGACGACUAUUGGGUUAAUAUUGUUCUUGUGUGUUUGUAUGCAUUUGCAGUGUUGUACUUUGAAAACUUGGUAACAUGGUUUGGCCACUUGAUAAUUGUGGGCGUGAUUACAUUAUUUGCAUUAUUGAAUGAAAAGAUUAUUGAAGAGACUAGCGUGAAUCCUACAUUGGAUGAUGUGGUUCAUGCUUUAACAGCAACGUGCAUCAAAGCAGAUAUGUUGAUUUAUCCCAUUACUUCGUUAUCGUUAACGGCUUACGAUAUCAAAAGGCUUUUGUUUACGACAUUGUUCCUUACUCCUGUGUACUUGAUUAUCACUUUUUUGUUGGUCAAACCCCGCUUCAUCUUGUUAUUCACCGGGUUGUUUUUAUUUACCUACCACUCGUCAUAUUCCGUCGUAAUUAGGAGAAUAAUUUGGAAACUCAAAGCCGCUAGAGUCAUUUCCUUCUACUUGACUGGGUUGGAUUUGUCACAGUCGAGAAAAAGCUCAUUAUUUGCUGCAGCUUUUGCAAAAGUGCAAAAGAAUGAAAAUAUUGAUAACCCAACUUCCAAACCGGUGAGAUUCACCUAUGUCAUAUACGAAAACCAAAGAAGGUGGCUAGGUAUUGGAUGGACCUCGAACUUGUUAUCAUAUGAGAGAACCCCUUGGACUGAUGAGUUCUUGAACGAGAGCAGCUCGAUCGAGACGUUUAAACUACCAGCUACUGAUGACACAAACAUGUCGACCGACCCUCAUUUGCAAGGAGCUACAUGGAGAUGGGUGGACAAGACAUGGAGGUUGGACUUGACUAAUGACGGGGCAAUUACCUUGCCAAGUUCAAAACGAUCAAAAACAACUGCCAACCCUUCAACUGAUGAGGGAUACAUCUAUUACGAUAAUGUAUGGAAGAAACCAUCAACUGAGGACACAUUUUCAAAAUACACACGGAGACGGAGAUGGAUAAGAACGGCAGAAUUGGUUUACAAUAACAGCAAAGCAUCACCAGUAGAGGAGAAUUUGGAGAAUAUUUCUGACUCGGUAAAGUCCACUGGCGCAAGUACACUAUCCACGAGUCCUUCAAGGACAAAGAAUUUGAGAUUUGCUGAAGAACCGGAAACCAAGGAAUCAGGCGAAGAAAGUACUGAUAAGAAGAAUAUAUAG